AUUUCGUCGACGCUCAUCGCUGUCGGAUCCCUCUUUGCAGUCAGGGAGGAUUCCGGGGGGGGGCGAGCGCUCGAGCCAGCUGUGUGUCGAUCAGCUUGCCAGCGUGGUGUCCAGGCUGCGCGCGAGUCGAAGAGCCAAACAACAUUGCACUCGGCCACGAUUCGCAUUGCUCACAGCUCGUUUGAUAGCAUUGCAAUUGGCACGGCUGCGAGCUCUAGUUAAGCACAGCUUAAGCACAAGAUGGCCAAGCUGCUGCUCGUGCUGGCCGCACUCGGCCAUGCGCUGGUGCCCACCGCCGUGACGCGCCACCCAACAAAACUCCACUCAACAAAGCAGGAUAAUGUGGUAGAGACCGCCGGGCGGGCCGGCCUCAUGUCCGCCGCGACAGUCGCGGCGGCCGCCGUGAACCAGGCCGUCUCGAUGACGACGCUCGACGCGCCGGACGUCGGCCGCAGCUACGUGGCAUUGAGGGAUGACAAGGACGGCGCCACCGACGCCGAGACCGGUUUGCCUUUGAGCUACGACAAGGACCGCAUCCAGCAGUACUGGCUGAAGCAGGGUUCCGCCCUCCAGCAGCGCUGGGGCGAGUUCCUCCGCCUGAGCGUGCCCUUUCUGUUAAAAACGGCGACGUUACUGGUCCAGGGCGGCGUCGAUGCCCUACAGGAAAAUGAUGCGGAGCUCGCCCGAGAUGCACGGGUCAUCUGCGAGCAGCUGGGACCGACCUUCAUCAAAUUGGCCCAGACCUUGAGUGUGCGGCCCGACGUCCUGCCGCCUUCAGCAUUAGCGGAGCUGGCCGUCUUGCAGGACUCCGUCGUGCCCUUUGAAACGGACGUGGCCAUCGACAUCAUCGAGAAGGAGCUCGGCGGGCCGCUGGGUACUUUCUUCGCUUCCAUUUCCGAAGAACCGGUCGCGGCGGCGUCGUUGGCGCAAGUCUACAAAGCAGAACUAGAUGAUGGACGUUCCGUGGCCGUAAAAGUGCAAAGGCCCCAAAUACUGGAGCAGGUCUCCAAAGAUUUAUAUGUUUUGCGGAGGGCGGCGGAGGUCUACCAGCGACUGAUUGAUAGGUUUGCGCCCCAACAAAAGACGAAUUACGUUGAUUUGUUAAAUGAGUGGGCCGUCGGCUUCUACACGGAAUUAGAUUUUCGGUCGGAGAUCGACAACCUGAAUUCCAUAAGGGACGUGCUCGUCGAAGGGGCGCACGAGGACGCGUCGACAACUGUACAAGGCGUCUACGUGCCCUACGCGCUGGAAGAAUUAUGCACGGCGCGCGUCGCCGUCACGGAGUGGAUCGACGGCGUCAAGCUCUCUACCUGCGAACCGCACGAAAUCAAGCGCCUGACGCCCGUCGCGCAGGAGGCGUUUUUAGUCCAAUUGCUCGAGGCAGGGAUAUUCCACGCGGACCCCCACCCUGGAAACCUGUUCCGGAAGGACGACGGCCAGCUCGCCAUCUUGGAUUUCGGGUUAGUUGCUCGGGUACGCAGCGAGGACCAGGACACGAUGAUCAAUGCCAUCGUCCACCUGGCCAAUAAAGAUUUCCCGUCAUUGGUGGAUGAUUUCAUCGACCUCGAGAUCCUGCCGAGGGAUACGAGUCGGGGGACCGUCGUGCCGUUGAUGGAUAAGGCCCUGUCGCCGUACAUUGCGGGAGGCGGGGCCAAGAAAUUUGAAGAAAGAGUCCGGGCGUCCUACGGCAUCGACGCCGACGCCGAUCUAGGGAAAGCGGUCGGCGGCUUCCAGGCCAUGACGCAGGACGCGCUCACGGUGCUGAACGACGUCCCGUUCUCGAUCCCGCCGUACUUCGCUCUGCUUGGCCGAGCUUUUGUGACCCUCGAAGGCAUCGCUUUACAAGGCGAUCCCGACUACGCCAUCAUCCAGGCGGCCUACCCCUUCGUCUCGCGCAAAUUGCUGUCCUCGGACCGGCCCGCGGCGCGGCGUGCGCUCCAGGAGGCGCUCUACGCCGGGGCCGGCCGCGACGACGGCUCGCGGCGCGCCCUCAGCCCGCGGCGGCUCGCGUCGCUCGUCUCGUCGGCCCUGGACGAGACGGGCGAGGACACGAUUGUCAAGGGCGGGUCGAUCGACUUCGACGCCAUCGGGGAAGAUGCCAACUCUACUACCCUGGCGAAGUACGUAUUGAGCGACCGCGGGAGUGCGAUCCGGGACUUCUGCGAGGACGAGGCCGUUGUGGUGGCGGACGCGCUGGGGAGGCAGGCCGCGCGGCGCUUGUUCGACCGCGCGGCGAGCGCGCCCGGCGUGGCGCUCAGGCGCCUGCCCUUCGUCGGUGCGCGCCUCGAGAAGGCGCUGCCGGACCCGGCGACGACGCCGGCGCCGUUGCUGUUGCCCGGGGACGGCGCGCCGGCCUUCCUCUUCGCGUCGCCGCGCGAAGUGCUCGACGCCGUCGCGCCUCCAUUAGACCGCGACGACGAGCUCUACGCCCUGGACGUGACGAAAUUACUCGAAGAUGCGGCGCCGGACGACGAGGCGCGCGCCACCCUCGAGACGCUGCUGGGCGGUGGGAGCGGCGCCGCCGGUCCUGUCGCCGCCGCGCGGACGCUCCUGGACAUCGCUACCUCCGCGUCGAAGAUCUCGGACGACCGGCGCUUCGACGCGCUGCUCGACUCGGCGGCGGCGGCGCUCGGGCGACGGGACGCGCACGCCGAGUCGCUCCUGCACGUCGCGUCGGAGCUCGACGACGCGGAGAAAGCGGCGCUGCGCGACAGCGCGGGCCGCGUCGCGGCGCGCCUGGCGGAGCGCGUCCGGGGGCGGCUCGAGCCGCUGCUGCUGGCGUAA